UUCCUUGUUUUCCUUCCAUCAUCCCCUCUUGUGUGGUGUGUGUGUGUGUGUGUGAGAGAGAGAGAGAGAGAGAGAGAGAGAGAGAGAGCGCGAGAGCAAACAAACACUUUUCUUGAGCGAAUCAAGAAUAAAAAAGAUCAGAAAAAUGGCAGAUGGAUUCACAGAGACAUCUCUUGGAGCAUUUCCAGCGGCUGAUGCGGAAGCAGAAUUAAAUCCAGGCCUGAACAAGAACUUGCAGGCCGAUGCCACGCCGGCAGAAAUGGCAGCUACAUCCAAGGAGAUCAAGGAACAAGCGGAUAUAAUAAGGAACAAAAAGACCGAAAAAGAUGGAGUGCAGAAGCUGAAAUCAGCGGUUAUAAUAUCCGGUGUGGUGGUGGCGGUGAUCGGAGCUAUCUACGCCAUAACCAAGAAGUUGAGAGAGAAAUGAGUUGCAGUCUAUUAUCGUUUACGAUUCGCCUGCGAAACGAUUCCACUCCGGCUGUUGUUUUCCCGUCUUUUUCUGUAAGAGAUCCAUCCGAUCAGUAUUUAUGUGUUUCGGAUAAUCCAUAAGAUUAUAUGUUGUCUUUCUGCUUUUUAUUUAAUUUCCUUAUCUUUUUUUUUUUAAAGCUUUAAUUAAGAUUUGUAAUUUUGUGAAAGAGUUUUGAUUUGAUGGGUUAUGUGUUUUGAGUUAUAUAAAAAAACGCCAAGCGUAUCAGUGAUUAUAUAAUAUCAUUCACAGCUCAA